UGUCUUCCUGACUUUCUCUCACGUUAUGCGAAUGAUAUCGACGAUGACCUUUUCGAAAUUGAUUAUGGUUUAGAGAAUAAACAGAGUAUACUUGCUUCCAUGGUGCUACGAUCUCAUACAAACCGCAAUCGCGCUCCCAUGACUUCUGAUUCUCUAAACGAUGACUCGUUUCCUCCAGUGUCAUCUACCUCGAGUAUUCCUCCGAAUGCACCAUCUUCGACUACUUUUUCACCGAAUACUUUUGAUCCUAGUAAAUUAAAAGUAGAACAAGAUAGUGAUCCUGUUAUUCAGGCUAUUCUAAGUCGGAUUCGGCAUCGAUUUGACGUUCCCACCUUCGUGCUCAAACACGAUCUACUCUAUAAACUAAUUCGACCUUCGCGUCGUUCUAAACAUAAAUUAGAAGUGAUCUACUUACCGCAAUCUAUGACUGCAUCUCUCGUUCAGACAUGUCAUGACGAUCCUAUGACAGGCGCUCAUUUCUCUUUCGACCGUAUUUAUAAUAAGAUCCGUCGUCUCUACUGGUGGCCUCGUAUGAAAGCUACCAUAAAGUACUACCUUGACUCAUGCAUGUCCUGUAAGCAGUUUAAUAUUAGUCGUCAUAAAAAGUUUGGCCAUUUACGUCCUAUCUCGCCACCGGAUGGUCCCUUUUUGUUGAUAGGUAUUGACUAUUGCGGUCCUUUGAAAUCGACGCCGCGGGAAAAUAAAUAUGUUUUGGUCAUCACAGACUAUUUCACCCGUCAUAUCGUUGCGGUAGCCCUCCCGAACUGCACCGCUGAAACUACUGCUCAGGCAUUAUUCAAUGAAUAUUUUUGUCGUUAUGGCAUUCCUGCUGUUAUUCUUAGUGAUCAGGGAUCUCAUUUCCGAAACAACUCAUGGCUAAUAUCCAACAUUUGA